AUGUGGCUCACAGAGGCUCAGAAAUUUGGUGUGGCCUUCACUUUUGGUGGUUUUCUCUUCUUUUUGUUUGGUAUAUUUACUUUCUUUGAUCGUGCAUUAUUAGCCUUGGGCAAUGUUUUGUUUUUAAUAGGAGUAAUCUUAAUUAUCGGUUCGCAAAAGACAUAUAUUUUUUUCACUAGACCAAAUAAAAGACGCGGCUCUCUGUUCUUCCUAGUUGGUGCCUUUUUGAUAUUAUUAAAAUGGACUUUUUCUGGCUUCAUAAUCGAAUCACUGGGUAUUAUAGGCUUGUUUGGUGAUUUUUUCGGCGUUAUCGUUCAAUUUUUGAGUUCAAUGCCAAUAAUUGGUCCCAUACUUUCUCACCCUACAGUCGCUCCAAUAAUAGAUAAAUUAGCCGGUGUGAGAGUUCUGCCAGUAUAA